AUGUCUUUUACGAAUCCAGAAAGUAGUUCUUUUAGUGAUUUAAGUGCUCAAGUUAUCAAACAACAAAACGAGAUGAGUUCAAGUGUAUGCUACAAGUGUAACCGCACAGGGCACUUUGCCCGUGAGUGCACACAGGGAGGCGUCGCGUCACGCGACUCUGGCUUCAACCGACAACGCGAGAAGUGCUUCAAAUGCAACCGCACCGGACACUUCGCCCGUGACUGCAAGGAGGAGGCCGACCGUUGCUACAGAUGUAACGGCACGGGGCAUAUAGCGCGCGAGUGCGCGCAGAGCCCCGACGAGCCGUCGUGCUACAACUGCAACAAGACCGGGCACAUCGCGCGGAAUUGCCCCGAGGGCGGGCGGGACAGCUCCAACCAGACGUGCUACAACUGCAACAAAUCGGGCCACAUCUCGCGCAACUGCCCCGACGGCACCAAGACCUGCUACGUGUGCGGGAAGCCCGGCCACAUCUCGCGCGACUGCGACGAGUCCGAGCGGAACUAA